GGCGCGGUUGGGGCAGGGCCGUGCUCGCCCGGUGCCUGCCGGACAAGAGCGGAGGCUGCGGCCCGGUGUCUCCUGGGGAAGGGAGAGCUCCUCCCGGACCGCCAUGGAUCGGUUCUCCUGGACCAGCGGGCUGCUGGAGCUGGGAGAGACGCUGGUGCUCCAGCAGCGCGGCGUGCGUCUCUACGACGGGGAGGAGAAGGUGAAAUUUGAUAGUGGAGUACUACUGCUUAGCACGCACAGAUUAAUAUGGAGGGAUCAGAAGAAUCAUGAAUGCUGCAUUGCUAUACCUCUGUCUCAAGUCGUCUUUAUUGAAGAGCAAGCAGCUGGGAUAGGAAAAAGUGCCAAAAUAGUCGCUCAUCUUCAUCCUGCUUCUCCAAACAAAGAGCCUGGCCCAUUCCAAAGUAGCAAAUACUCCUACAUAAAACUUUCUUUCAAAGAGCAUGGACAAAUCGAGUUCUUUCGACGAUUCUCAGAAGAAAUUACACAGAGGAGAUGGGAGAACAUGCCUGCUGGACAGACCAUUCAGGUUAACAAGGAUCCACAGGCAGGAAGAGUGAGAGCUGUAGGAAUUGUAGGGAUUGAAAGGAAACUAGAGGCGAAAAGAAAAGAGACUGACAAAAACAUUUCCGAGGCUUUUGAGGACCUUAGUAAGCUAAUGGAGAAGGCUAAGGAAAUGGUGGAGCUAUCCAAGUCAAUUGCUAAUAAGAUUAAAGAAAAACAAGGUGACAUCACGGAGGAUGAGACUAUUAGGUUCAAAUCAUAUCUGCUGAGUAUGGGCAUAGCCAAUCCAGUUACUAGAGAAACACACGGAUCUGGUACUCAUUACCACAUGCAGCUGGCAAAGCAGCUAGCUGGAAUGCUGCAGACACCAUUAGAGGAGAGAGGAGGAAUCAUGUCACUUACAGAAGUGUACUGUCUGGUAAACCGUGCACGAGGAUUGGAGUUGCUCUCACCAGAAGAUUUAGUAAAUGCUUGUAAGAUGCUGGAGCCGCUGAAAUUGCCGCUACGGCUUCAGAUAUUUGACAGCGGUGUGAUGGUGAUUGAGCUCCAGUCUCACAAUGAAGAGGAAAUGGUUGCUUCUGCUUUAGAGACAGUAUCUGAAAAGGGCUCUCUCACAGCUGAUGAGUUUGCGAAGCUGGUGGGAAUGUCUGUUCUCUUAGCCAAAGAAAGGCUGCUUCUUGCUGAAAAGAUGGGCCAUCUUUGCAGAGACGAUUCGGUGGAAGGCUUGAGAUUCUACCCAAAUUUAUUUUUAACACAAAGCUAAUGUAGUUUGUGUGCAUUUGCCAUGUAACAGUUGAACGUGAGAGCAGAGAGCGGAACCUUUUCAACAACAGACAUUGACAUUUUUUACUUUGUGUCAACUCUAACAGUGAUGAACAUUGCAACACUUUACAGUUCUCAGGUAUUUCAAGUGCUGAAUCAUCUUGUGUGGAACCAAAAGGAAAUAAGAAUCACCAGGUCAGAAACAUGUUAAUUGUCUUAAGCUGGCUAUCUCACAUUUCAAGUUCCAUUUGAUGUGCUUUGUAACUUCUCAUUUCAAGAGGAGUGAGAUGCAGAUUGCACAUGAGUGAAAAUGGAGAGACUACCCUUACAGCCUGCCAUGAGAGUCAGCACCCAGAACACAAUUGCAUACUCCAAUUUCAGUUAAUUUGUGUCUGGAGCAACAAAGCAGACAGAUGCAUCCAUUGCAGUAAGAAUAGAGAUUUUGGUGUGUAAGGAUUGAAACAGUGCAGAAUAACCCUGUCUCCUUGAGGUGAUGAAGUUUUUAAAGAAUAUUCUUGGUUUCUUUGAGACGUAAAGAAUCUGCUGCAGGAGAAAUUAACAUGUGUUAUGUGAAUCUAGAAAGCAGAUUGUUCAUUUUGUCAUUUUGUCAUGUCUUAUGCUACUAUCUCAGAUAGAAGCAUUGUUAGUAUGGACUUCCUCCCUUCUCUUUCUUUGCCAUCUCCCUUCCUGUCUCAUUGUGUUGCACUUUGGUGCACGUUCUCUGUCCUCUCUUUAUACAGCACAGUGUGCAAUAGCCUCCUGUCACUCCACCAGACUCAUUUCUUUUUGUUUGUUUGUUUUUCAUUUUGUACUUCUAAUGAAAGAUCAGCAGUUAGCUUCAUCAGCCCAUUGCCUGUUUUGGAGAGACAGUGCAUUUCUUCAUGUCUCGUACACCAAAAUUAAUGUGCUUUCAAUAUCAAAGGGGAGAAGAAGGCUAUCAACCUAUGUCUGAUAGUCACAAGGUGUCUUUUUGUCUGGUAUUCCUCUCCCUGUUUUCAGACUGGAUGCAAUUUGAUAGCCUCAGCUUUUGUAACUCCAGUGGAGUUGUUACGGUACUUGGCAAUGUGUUGUGGUGGUAAUAGCAGUAAGUGGAUGUUUGUGAUCCACGUCACUUACAUUGUCAGCUUUCUGAAUGGGCUGGUUUCAGUAAAUAAAAAAAAUCAUUCAAGUUAUGGGCAAAGACAAUAAGUAUGCAACUGCGUUAUAAGUGGGGCAGUGGAAUUGGCAUUAAGCAAAGGAGAGAGGUUUUUUUAACAGCCUGAAAAUAUUUUCAGAACUAUUUCAGUGUUACCACAGCUUAGACAUGGUUAAGAACCUGCCAAUAAUGAGCUCAAUGUGGACAUCCUUACAGUAAUAAUGCUUUUGAUUUGCCAGAUGCUCAUUUAGAUCCAGAGAACUGUGUCCUCUUUGUCACGAGCGAAGUUGUGUGCAGUGCUUUCCUUACAGCAGUUUUCCUCUGUGUUUCAUGAAGGUGCUAAAAAUAAUGGAUUUGACACAGCUGAAAGAAAAUGGUUCCACCCUAUUCCUAUUCUGUUAACCAGCUAAUAUCAUCUCUUCAGGAGCCUUAUGGCCUGCUGCUUUUCUUCAUUUUCCCCACAACACACAGAAGAGAUCUGUGUGAGGUAUCUCAGGCAGUGUGCGUCUAAGGGAAGACUGGAAAUUGAGAAACACAGAAGCAGAAAGCUGGUUUGUGACAGCUAUUUCUCUUGCUUGGUACUCACACCUGCGCCAGAGAAACCAGGAGUUUAUGGGCCCAAACCUCUCCCACAGGGGAGAUAUAUCCUCUGUCAGAAAGCACAAAAUCAGAAAGGAAGUGCCGAGUGUAAACUCCUAGUCUUCAUUACUCCAACCCAGAGCAUUUAAUUAUCUUAAUCGAGUAAUAACAAUAGGUUGUAUUUAGAAUGAUGGUAUCUUCUUGAGAUUUUCUUUCCCUGUAUUUUCCUUGAAAUAUUUUAUUUCGGUAGGGAAGAAAUCUAGAAGCUAAAUUGUAUAUAGCUGGUUUAGAAUUGAAAUACACAAAAGAAAAUGACCACUGAAAUUAGUAACAAUUAAAAGAUUUUUCUUAAGUAGACUAUUCUGUGAGCUUUAUUUCUUCCUUAAUGUUUUUUGAGAGCACUGAAAUGUUUAAGCAUCAAAUCUUGUGGUUCUGUGGGGUAGGUUUUCAUACAACGUAUUUUUGCCACCUCGUUUUGUACCCAAAGGGGCACAAAACAGGUUUGAUGUAAAAAUAUAAGGCAGAAUUAAAAGCAAUUGUAAUAUAAUUAUAAUAUCCUGGUUCUGUUGCUGAGUAGCUUGUGACCUGUCACAGGCCAAACCACAGAACUGCAGGUGCUUGCAGAAGCACCAACUUCAUGAGGGAGGCAGUCUAAGCCAGAGCCACAGGUACACCAUGCUGCCUUUGAAAGGCCUUUGGUGCAUGGAAUGUGUUUUCUCAGCUGAAAGAACACAGAGAUCCAUGUGUAUCCAUCACUCAUACAGAGUCAGCUGUUGCAUGGUAACGUAGUUGCAGUGUGGUAUGAUGUGUCAGUACCUUGAACUGUCCUGAGUUCUUGCUCCCCAGUCCUGUUUCCAUUGGUACUAAAAGCAAAACGCCUCCUGACACCACUGACACAGAGUAAUAGAAGAGAGAAAAGUGUAGGAGCUGCCUUUCUCACGGAUUGUACCAAUUUGAUAUAGAAGGUAUGUGUAUGAACCUCAUUUCCUUUCACGUUUUGAUCAUUGCUGGAAUGUUUGUAUCAUGAUACGUGAACAUUAUCUCAUUUUGCCAGGGAUGUCCAAUUAUGCAGUCCUUUGAGCAGAGGCUUGUAACAGAGCUCAGUUCAAAAAGUGCUUGCUCCUUUAUGGAGCAGUCUUAAAUGUGAUUAGGUUUGUCAUGUGAGAACACAGGCCUUUCCAUGCCUCUGACAGGAAAAGAAGGCUGCAUGGGAAUCUGUACAUCCUUUCUCUUUUCCCUUUGUUUUCAGGAACAAUUACUUUAUAUUCAGCCAAUGGAGGCACGGAUGUAAUCUGAACCAUGCUGCUGAAGUGCAAACCUUUCUUUCUAAAAUGUAUAAGCACACAUAAGUAAGUGCACUUAGAAGUGUAGGAAGUGUAUAUUUAAUAAUCGCUCCUGGUUGUAUGUUGAUUAGCUAAACUCACUGACACUUAGUUUUUCUAACCAAAGUUUUACAGUUUGAAGGAACUGGGCUUGUUUAGCUUGGAGAAGAGAAGGCUGUGGGGAGACUUCAUUGUGGCCUUCCAAUACUUGAAGGGAGCUUAUGAACAGGAGAGGAAUGGCUGUUUAUGAGGGUGGACAGUGAUAGGACAAAGGGGGAAUGGUUUUAAACUGAGACAGAGAGGUUUAGGUUAGAUAUUAGGAGGAAGUUUUUCACACAGAGGGUGAUGAAGCACUGGAACAGGUUGCCCAAGGAGGCUGUGGAUGCCCCAUCCCUGGAGGCAUUCAAGGCCAGGCUGGAUGUGGCUCUGGGCAGCCUGGUCUGCUGGUUGGUGACCCUGCACAUAGCAGGGGGUUGAAACUGGAUGAGCAUUGUGGUCCUUUUCAACCCAGGCCAUUCUGUGAUUCUAUGACCCAAAUCUUGAAGCCUGGAAUACUUUCAUUUUGAACUGGAGAGUUCUCUCAAAAUACACUCUGAAAAGGCAGAAAUCGGCUGAUUAAAAAUUAUUUGUGGAUUUGAUAUGAGGUCAUUGUUAUCUCAGCCUUUUUUCUGAGCUAUAAUCAAAAUUGUGACUAUUGUGUUGUACUUCCUAUGCUGGCAAUGCCCAUUUUAUCCUGAUUCUCAGUGCUUCAGAACCCAAAUAAAAUAUAAGAAACUCAAAUUUCAGGACUUCCUCUGCCAGGAAGGUUUGAACUCUCAUUCUUUUCUCCCAAGGAAGCUGCAGGUAUGCAUGCUCAGGGGAUAUAACAUCCAUGCCUGUCAGCAAUGUUCACCUUUAUUUAUAAGGAAAUACUUAAGUACUUUUUGGAGUUCAUGCCCUUGUGUCAUACCUCCCAGGUAGCUGUCCUGGCUAGCAGGCUUGAGAGUCAUUUUUCUGCGUGGUUUAGAAUUAAAGUAUUAA